AUGGCAUUUUCGCCCUUCUCUGUUAUCCAUCGACCUCUUUCUAUGGCGAACUUCCAUAGCCUGGAGAACUCACAUUCGAAACUCAUGAUUGUUCUGGCCUCAAUAACGGUCACGGCCUGUCUAUUCGUCCCCCUCGCUACAUCGACAGUGUCUUUUAGCAACACCGCCUUCGAUUUCCCAAGUUUCAAUCCAAAUAACCACGACAUAUCUUUUGAGUCCGAUGCGUAUGCUUCUGAUAAUAGCCUCCAGCUCACUGUCAACCAGAAAGACAAGGCCUCCAUUGAAAGCGCGGGGCGAGCAACCUACGUGAGACCAAUGCAUCUCUGGGACAAAGCCACAGGGAAUGUAGCAGAUUUCACUACUCAGUUCUCGUUUGCAAUCAACUCACUAGGCGGUAAAGUUUAUGCCGAUGGAAUGUCUUUCUUUCUGGCUCCCAAUGGAUCCAACAUUCCACCCCAUUUGGGGGGCGGCAACUUGGCUCUUGUAAAUUCAAAAAGAAAAGAGGGCUGUAGAGAAAGAGCCUAUAAAAGUACUGUGAUAUUUUAA